UGCCCUUGAUACAGAAUGGAGAAUUCUGAACCCGACUUAGACGAUUUCUUGCAGAAAUCAUUUCUGAAUUUGGACAAGAUUGACGAAAACAUAUACAGGAGCACGUAUCUAUGGCAUCCCAAGUAUUUUAGGUCAGUGUUUGGUGGUCAGCUGAUUGGUCAAGCAUUGGUAGCUGCUGCUCAAACAGUUCCGGAGUCCCAGUUUGUACACAGUCUACAUUGCUACUUCCUACAAGGAGGUUCUAGUGAACGCCCUGUCCUGUAUCAUGUGGACCGUACACGGGACGGGAAGACGUACUGUAGCCGCACGGUGAAGGCAGUCCAGAGGGGGAAGGCAGUGCUGACAAUGCAGGCAUCCUUCAAGAAGGAAGAAAGUGACCCUUACCGACAUCAGUGCAAGAUGCCAGAGACAGUAGGACCUGACAACCUCCUCAACACCCAGGAGCUGGCGAAGAUAGCACUAGAAAGCGAAAAGCUGCCUGAAAAGAGGAAAGCAAUGCUGGGUAUGUUCAUUGAUGAGCCAAUGAGUAUGGAGUUCCGCCCCGUCGACCCGAUGCACCUCAUUAGGAACAGGAACCAGGCUCCGCGCAGACAAAUCUGGAUCCGAGCAUGCGGACAUAUAGGUGACAACGUCAACAUGCACAAGUGUGCUGCCGCCUACAUGUCGGACCUCAUGUUGUUAGACGUCGCCCUGAUGUCAGCGGACAAAAAGGCCUCGUUCAACACCACCUCGCUUGACCACUCCAUGUGGUUCCACAACCCCUUCCACGCCAAUGAAUGGAUGUUGUAUGAAAUGGAGAGUCCUCACUGUGGGUCUGGACGAGCGCUGACCCUGGGUCGACUGUGGAGACCUGAUGGUGUGUUGGCGAUGUCUGUUGUCCAGGAGGGUGUAGUCAGGACAGUGAAAGACUCCAAACUCUGACCCACCUCCGAAUGUGCCGGAUAUCAAAAUCAUUGUACAACUUGUCUCACUUCCAAGGAGUCAAGAAAGUUUAAGGUUGUCUUUGAGGUCAUAAUGAAAGUAUCAAGGUCACAUUUCAAGCAGGUGCCUUAUCCUUGCUGUUUGAAUUUAUCAGUAUAUUUUUGUACUUCAGUGCACAUAGAUAGGCAUUAUCCAUGAGUGUAAUGACACCAUUGUCUAUGGAUGAUUUACAGAA